AUGGGAGACGACAACACUGCCGCCGCCGCGCCGCCCACGGAGAUGAAGGUCGAUCCAGUACGUGCCGCCGCGCUGGCGGCCAACCUCGCGGCCGUCAAGGAGAGGCUUGCUGCGGCUAUCUCGGCAUCACCGUCUUCGGCGGCACAAAACGUCCGCCUGGUGGCGGUCAGCAAGCUCAAACCGGCCAACGACAUUUUGGCGCUGCACCAGCCGACCAGCACGGGACAGGAAGGCCAGCUGCACUUUGGCGAGAACUAUGCGCAGGAGCUGCGCGACAAGGCGGCGCUGCUGCCACGAAGCAUCCAAUGGCACUUUAUCGGCGGUCUCCAGUCGGGCCACUGCAAGAACCUCGCCCGUGUCCGCAACCUGUGGUGCGUCUCCAGCGUCGACUCGGCCAAGAAGGCCAAGCUUCUGGACACGGCGCGGGGUGCGUUCCGCAACGAUGCCGCGGGCGGCGACGAUGUCGGUCCCAUCCACAUCCAUGUCCAGGUCAACACCUCGGGCGAGGAGAGCAAGUCCGGCUGUGAACCGGGCGACGAGACCGUGGCGCUGUGCCGCACGAUCGUCGAGGAGUGCCCCAACCUCAAGCUGCUCGGCCUCAUGACCAUCGGCGCCAUUGCACGAAGCAAGGCCGUGGCGGUCGACGCAUCCGAAGAGAACCCGGACUUUGUGGCGCUGCGCGAGCAGCGGGACCUGGUGACCGAGGCGCUGGGCCUGCCGGCACCGCUCGAGCUCAGCAUGGGCAUGAGUGACGAUUUCGCGAGCGCCGUGGCGUCGGGCAGCGGCGAGGUGCGCAUCGGCAGCACCAUCUUUGGUGUGCGGCCGGCCAAGGCGGAUGCGAAGCUGACCGUCUAA